UUAGUUGCAUAAAAAGUAGAAAUUACUAGGUAUAGUUAUCAAUGGACACUGUUAAAGAAAUAAGAAAGCUUCUUUCAAGUUUGAAAAAGAAUUUUCAAUGCACAAUAUGUUUAGACUUCCUCUCUCAGCCAGUUUCUACUAAAUGCAAUCAUCAAUUUUGUAGUGGUUGUUUACAAGACUUUAUUAAAAGCACUGUAAAAGGCAAUAAGCCUUGUUGUCCAUUGUGUAAAAGUGAUCUAGGUACUAAAAGAAGUUUAAAUCCUAAUCCAGAAUUGUCAAAGAUAAUUGCAGCAGUAAAAGAUGUUUGUAAUGCAGCAGAUAAAGAUUGCACAAAUUUAGAUGUAUCACCCCUUCUUUCACAAACUCACAAAAAAUUUUCAGCUAAAAAGGGUAUAACUAUUACUAAAAGUUAUAAAAAAAGUCUUGAAUUCACAAGCACAACCUCUAAAAAUAUCAUUAUUAAAUCAGAUAAACCAGACCAUAUCAUUGAACCAGAUGACAUUGAACCAGAUAAACCAGAUGACAUUGAACCAGAUAACUAUUUUAUCGAAUCAGAGAAAACAAACAAGCACAACAAAUGCAGUAGGUUGAAUAAUAAAGAGAAAAGAAGGAAAAAAAUUAAAAGUUCUUCUGAUUCUUCGGGUUCAUUAGAAUAUGAGUUUCAAAAUAUUUCUGAUCAAAAUUCUUUUAAAAGAAGAAGAAUAAUUUCUGCUUCAAACAAUAAUGAUGCUAUAAUUGUUGCUUCAGUAACCUCAGAAAAUCCUUUAGUACCAAUUUCUAAUAAAGCAUCUUUAAAUGAUAACGAUGAAAAACUUGUGGAACAUAUUCCAAAAAAAGAUUUUGAAUAUCUUAACUGUAAUGAAAGUUCUGAAUAUUUAAAAAAUUUAUUUCUUGAAGAUUCCACUUCUAACACAAUUAAUCAUCCUCUGAAUUAUGAAUCUGUUCAAACUGAUUUGAACCUAAUAGACGAUGAUGCAACUGAGGUUGAGUCAUCACAACCAAUUAGUGACGAUCUUAAAGAAACUUCUAUAUUAAGACAAACACAACUUUCUUGCAGCAAAGAGAUUUCUUCAUACAGUUACGCAAAAAUUGAUUCUGAAUUUACUGAAGCGUAUCAGGUGACUGAUAACACAGUUAGAUGCAAUUUACCUAAAAGCAAACAAAAUGUCUUAACUCCUAGUGAUUCUAUACUUUGUGCUAAUGAAGAUUUUGGUGAAAUUUCAAGUCAAAAAGUUCAUAGUCCAAAAACAGAAAUACCAGUCAAGACAAUAGAAAAACAAUGUGAAAAUGUUUUAAUUAAUGGUACAGCAAAAAGUGAUAAAAAUAGCUUGCUACUUAAUGUAUUAUUUGAUAACGAUUUAAGUUUGAAAAAAAGAAUUCUAACAGAAAAUAAUUCUAUUAGCUUGCCAACCAAUUUACCUAAUAGCCCUGUUUCGAGUUUUCAAAACUCUUUAGUAACCAAUUUUAGUUUUUUUUUGACAAAAAUUGAAAGUCCAAACAAAGACAAAACUCUCUUAGGAAAUCGUUCCUUUAGUAAAAUUGAUUUGUCAACUCGUAAAAACUGGCAUCCACUACAAUUACCUGAAAAAAUAGUUGAAUCGAAUGAAAAUAAAUCCAUUAACAACAAUUUGCUUAAAACCUUAGAUUCUUUUGAAAAUUUGAAAUGUGAUAACAAACAAAGUGAAAAAAAGCACUUCGAAAGUAAAUGUAGUGACAAUGAUCGUGUCAAGGAUUUUGAUCAUGGUAACAAAAGCAAUAGCCAAGAAAAUUUGUUUAAAAUUUCAAACUCAACUCAGGAAAGUUGUUUAUCUGGUGGAGAAAACUACUUACGAAAAAGAAAAAGAAAGAAAAGAAAAAUUUAUUCAAAAGAAAAUUUAGAACCUGAAAGUUUUGAAUACGAACAUUCUUUAGCUGCAAGCAAUUUUCUCCACAAUGAAAAUUUAGAUCAUAACAAAAAAGAAAACUCUGUUGUUGAAAAGGAGUUAUCAGUUCAAAAUAUGUAUAGUGAAGAACUAAUACCUCCCACUCCAAACAUGUGGCAAUGUGGCAUGCAAUAUAAAAGUGAAAUGAUAUUACAAACAGUUCAGUGUGAAACAAUGGUAACUGAAGUUGAAAAUGAUAAUGCAGAAUCUCUAAAUAUGAAGGUAGAGAACCAAUUUCCUAAUUCUUUUCCACAGGUAUCUAGCCAGUUAUUGCUAGAUCAAAUUAAACAAUCAAAAAAAUUGGAAAUACCAAUAAAUAAUGAACAAUCUGAUAUAACACUUGCUAUAGAAGAAAACGUAUCAAAGCUUUCAAAUAAACAUGAAGAUAAAUUAGUGGAUAGCAUAAAAGUUGAGACAUCAUUUGAAAAUGUAUCACCUAAACUAAAUAAUGAAUUAUAUAAAAAAGACAGUUUUCAAAAUGAACCAUCAGAUAAAAACUCACUGAGCAAGUAUUUACAAGUUUUUGAAAAAGAUUCGAAUCUACAUGCUCUGAAAGAUUCAUGUAUUAUCGGAAUCGAAAAUAAUUCAGUUGCUGAAAGUGCGGGCACAAUUCAUUCUUCUGAUGAAAUCUUAAAUUCUCCUAAUGCUAAAUGUUUACAGCAACGAGAAAAUUUUUUAAUUAACGAUGAUAUGUUUUGCUAUGACGACAUAGAUGUAUAUACAAAUGAAAAGAAAAAUAUAUUUUCUAGCAAAGCAAAAGAAAGCAAUGGUAGCCUAGGUAAUGAUGGUGUCGAAAAAAUUUAUGCCUCUGAUCGUUUUUUAAGUUGUAGUGAAGAAAAAAAUAUUGAAAAGUGCGAAGAAAUAUACACUUAUAAAAAUACUAACUAUGAAGUUAUUAACUUUUUAGAAAAGCAGUUUAAUGAACCAAAUGCAAAUGAGGCCAAUGACUUAAUUGAUUUUAAUAUAAGUGGAAGAAAUUUUUCUAAUGAUAAAUCCAUUAUAACUGAAGAUAAAAAGACAAUUGAUUUAGUGACAUCUGAUAUUGAUAAAAAUGUUUUACAUGUUGAACAGUUGCAUUCUCCCUACAAUUUAGUGGAUGACAAGCAGCAGAAUGUUGAAGAAAAUCUUGUAAUAAAAAAGAGAAAACGAUCUUUUUCAAAGAAGGAUAUAAAGAGCAUGGAAGAACUACUUAAUGACUCAGAUGAAGAAAUUAAUGAAAAAAAGCAAUCUUGUCACUCAAGAAUAUCUAAAAAUAAAUCUUUAAUUGAAAACAAAUCGAAUGAACAAGUCAAAUUGAACAAGUCAGAACGCAAAAGAGCAAAGCAACGCUUAAAAAAAAAAAAAUUGCUUAAACAACUAAAACUGCUGUUUACUAAAAUUAUAGUUGCCAGUAGUAGUUCUUCCAGUGAUAGUGAGGAAAAUGAUAAUGACGAUGAAGAUAUACGUUCUUUGGGAAGAAAAGUAGUAACACCCAAAAAAAAUCUUGAAGAGAAGAAUUUGCCAUUUUCUCCAUUACCACCAUUGUCACCCUCACCAUCUUCGCCACCAAAAUCUUUAAUAAAAUCUAAAAAAGUAUCUUCUUAUAUUGAUAAUUUGAAACAAAAGCUGUUAGCCAAACCUGAAGAUUUGGAUGAAAAUUGCAAUACAACAUUUUAUAUCAAUUCGCCACAUGUUACCGAAGAUAUGGUAAAAACGAUUUAUAAAAAAUCGCUACAUGCUACCGAAGAUGUGGUAAAAACAGUUUAUAAAAAAUCACCACAUGCUACCGAAGAUGUGGUAAAAACAAUUUAUAAAAAAUUACCACAUGCUACCGAAGAUGUGGUAAAAACAAUUAUUAAAAAAUCACCACAUGCUACCGAAGAUGUGGUAAAAACAAUUUAUAAAAAAUCACCACAUGCUUCCGAAGAUGUAGUAAAAACAGUUUAUAAAAAAUCACCACAUAAUACUGAAGAUAUGAUAGAAACAUUUUGUAAAAAAUCUAAUUCUACAGAUGUUGCGGAAAAAAAUCAUGAUUGUAUAUCUCCUUUAGACAAUAUGAAAUCUUUAUUUAGUUCUACAAAAGAUCAAUCUAAUAUGGAUAUUACCAAAACAACUUUUGUAGAAAAAGGUAAUAAAAAACAACUUUCAGAAAAUAAAUCUAUGGAAAGUAUUAACACAACUUAUUUACAAGAGGGAAAUAAUAUGAAAAACGUUAUUGUAAAAGACUUAUCACCAAACACACCUUUAAGAAAUAAGAUAAUGCCAGUCUAUCAAUCUACAACACUAAGAGAAUGUACUUUAGGCAAAAUUCCAAAGAUUGAUUCUGUGCAUCCUCCCAAAAAAUUGUCUACAUUUAUGCAACAAAAUCCAGAUGAUCUUCAAAAAUCAGAAUACCGCACUCAUAUUAAUAAUUCUUCAACAAACCAAUUUUUCACACCAACUGAUUCUACUAAACCUUCUUUGACUGACAUAAGUUUAAAGGAAUUGUCUUUAACAAAUAACAACAAUAUUCAAGAGUUAAAAUCUCCAUGUAUCAUGAUAUCUCGUUUGACCAAGAAACAAACAAGUUUGUGCGAUUUACUAUGCCAAAAACUAAAAGCAAAAAUAAAUCAAAAUUUUAGUGAUGAUGUUACUCAUCUGGUGAUUGGCACUGAUGAAAACAAUUAUAUAUUUAAGACAUCAUACACUUUUAAGUAUUUGAUGGCAUUAGUGUCUGGUAUAUGGAUUGUUAGCUUCCAUUGGGUUAUUCAGUGUCUUAAAAAUUCCAAGUUUGUAGAGGAGGAUUCAUUUGAAGUGAAGGGUGACCCAAGUGAUGGCCAUGAAGAAAUUCCUGCUCAAUAUCGAAUAGCUGCUACAAAUAGGAAAAAUCUUUUAUCUGGAUAUUGUAUUUGGGUUCAGGGAACAUUUCAAAGGAGUCCUAUAAAAAAAGAUCAAUUGGUAAUGCUGAUAAAAAAACUUGGUGCUGAAGUUGUAUUUACUUUAGAUGAAGAUGAUAAAUAUAUUCGACAUAUCAAGAUUACAAUGGUAACAGACAAUUUGUCAGAGAUCACAACCCUUGAAAACAGUUUAAUGGUAAAGUAUGGAUUGAAACCCAUUCAUCCUGAGUGGCUGGUUCAGUCAGUAAUUAACUUUCGAAUAGCAAAUGAAAACGAUUGGAUUGUACAAGAUUAGAGUGAAAAUAAUUGGAUAGUAAAAAAUAAAAAAAACAGAUGAAAUCAGUUGGGUAGUAGAAAUCUGAUGACAAUUGAUUGAAGAAUAUUGUAUUAUUCCAUAUUGAAAAAGACUUAUUUUUACUUUUGUGCCUUCAAUUGUUUGAAAGUUAAAAAACAGUGUUUGU